GACUUCAUAGAACCAGUCAUGAAUAUUGUGAAGGAUGUUGUACCUAUAGCUAAGAAAUAUUUCAAGUAUCAGAUACGUCACAAUGAUUAUGUCAAUGAAUUCAAAGAAAAGCAAAAACAGCUGAAGCGCCGACGGCAAGACGUUGAAGAAGAACUGCAUGCUCAACUUAGGAAGCCAGGGAAGAUUGCAAAGAAGGAAGUUCAAGCUUGGCUAGAGAAAGCAGACCAAGAAACUGCAGAAGAAGUGAUUGAAGAUCUAAUCUACAAAGGGGGCUUUUUGACAUAUAUUUUCUCCUCAAGAAAGCUCGAUGAAAGGACUCAAUCACUGACUGAAGGAAUAUUUAAGCAAGGAGAAAAAUACACUAGUGCUGAUGAGUUGGUCGUAGAUACUCCCUCAAUUGAGUAUUGGGAAACUGUAUUUGUAGAAAGGCAAAAGCAGCUGGAGCUCCGACAGAAAGACAUUCAAGCAAAAUUGGAGACUCAACUUAUGCAGCCUGGAAAGAUUGCAAGCAUGGAAGUUGAAGAUUGGUUGAAGAAAGUAGGCCAACAAAUUCCCAUAAAGGUUGAAGAUCUAAUCAACCAAGGGGGAUGCUCCUCCCUAUCCAACCUCAGGAGAAAAAUUGAAGAAUUGAAGCAAAUAUUUGAGCAAGGAGAAAAAUUUACUAAUGCUGGUGAGAGUUUGGUCACGGAUGUUUACUCAAGUGAGCAUGGUGCAACUGUAUUUAAAGAAAUGCAAGAGCAGCUGAAGCUCCGACAGAAAGACAUUGAGGCAAAAUUGGAGACUUCACUUCGGCAGCCUAGAAAGAUGGCAAGCAAUGAAGUUAAAGGCUGGAUGGAGAAAGCAAGCCAACAGAUUGACAUAAAGGUUGAAGAUCUGAUCAGCCAAGGGGAAUGUUCCUCUCCAUCCAACCUCUGGAAAAAAAUUAAAGAAUUGAGCCAAAUACUUGAGCAAGGAAAAGAAUUCACUAAUGCUGAUGUGAUUUUGGUCAUAGAUGAUCACUCAAUCAAAGGAUUUCCACUUGUCGUUGAAAAAUGUAGGGGCAGGGAUGAAAUACAAGAAAAAAUUCUGGAAUGGUUGAAGGGAGACAAGGUUGCAAGAAUUGCAGUUUCGGGAAUGGGUGGUGUGGGGAAGACAACAGUUAUGAAGAAUGUCCACAACCAACUGUUGAAUGAAUCCAAAUUUAAGAAAAUUAUUUGGGUAACAGUGUCAAAAGACUUUAACAUUACUGUCCAGCAGAAAAAGAAGUUUGAUAUUCUCCAGUUUCAGAAAAAGAUUGCAAGUAGCUUGGAAUUAGAACAAGAGCCAGAUCAUGAGAAUGAAACCAAGCUUGCUGCAUUGAUUUCACAAAGGUUGGGGCAGAGCAGCUUCCUGCUAAUUCUGGAUGAUGUGUGGGAGCCUUUUUCUCUAGAAGAUGUUGGAAUUUCUAAUCCAGUUGGAAAUAAUGGUUGCAAGUUAGUGCUCACGACACGGUCAAAAGACGUUGCUCGUGCAAUGGAUUGUAAUGUGAUCCAUGUGAACCCUCUUCCACCUGAAGAAGCAUUAGAAUUAUUCUCGGAGAAAAUUGGAAGUGAUGUUUAUGAAUGCCUAGAACAACAAUGCCAGGAGUGUUUUUUAUGUUGUGCAUUGUAUCCUGAAGAUUAUGAAAUCAAAAAGGAGGAGUUAAUUGAGUAUUGGAUUGAGGAGGGGCUUAUAUAUAAAGAAGGGAAAACUAGGGAGGCAAUGAAUUGGAAGGGUCAUGAUAUACUCGAUAAGCUAGUUAACAACUGCUUGUUGCAGUCGGUUAAAAGAGAAGAAUGUGUGAGUAUGCAUGAUCUUCUCCGAGAAAUGGCACUGGAAAUCAAUCCUCAAUUCUUGGUGAAAGCCGGCAUAUCCUUGGAGAAGUUACCAGAGGAGCAUGAAUGGAGAGAAAAUCUUUUGAAGGUUUCUUUAAUGAGGAAUCACAUAAUAGAAAUUCCUUCAAGCAUGCCGUCUCCAAGGUGUCCUAUGCUCACAACCUUGCUGUUGUCUGAUAAUAAGAUUUCAACAAUUCCAGAAGCUUUUUUUGAGCAUAUGCUUGGGCUCAAGAUCCUUGAUCUUUCCUACAAUUAUCAGCUAUGUAAGCUGCCGAGUUCUAUCUCCAAAUUGGAGAAGCUUACUACAUUGUUGCUAUAUGAAUGUGAGUCCUUAAGAGAGGUACCAGCAUUAUCCAACCUUGUAGGGUUAAAAAAGUUGGACCUUUUUAGGACAUCAAUUGAAGAACUACCGCAAGGCCUCAACAUGUUAACAAAUCUAAAAUAUCUUGGUCUUGGUGGAAGAUUAUCUGAAACUCUUGAUGAACCGCUACAAAAUCUCUCCAAACUUCAGCAUUUACUAGUAAAUCCCGAUGGCGAAACAGAAUUUAAAUGGGAGACGAUUGGAAUUUGGGGGAAGCUUCAAAACCUUGAGAAGCUGGAUCUUUUUUCUUUGCAUAACUUGAAUAUGGUGUUUGGGGAAGUAGGAGCAAUUGCUGAGUCAGCAUCGCUACCAGCUGGCACAUUUUCCUCUCUUCAAUAUAUUAGUGUUUGGCGAUGUAAUAAAAUAAAGAAGUUAUGCUUGGUGAGGUGGUUGGAAUAUCUCCAGAAACUACAGACUGUUGAGGUUGGUAAAUGUGAGCAACUGGAGGAGAUAAUAGGGUCUGAAUCUAAAGAAGGAGAAAAAGUCACUCUACCCAACUUAGAAAGGUUGGAAUUGACAAGUUUGCCCUUAUUGAAGACCAUCUAUAGCGGUUCUUUGAUUUGUGAUUCCAUCAAGAAGAUUGCAAUUUUUGAUUGUAAAAAUAUAGAGAGUGUUUUUUGGUUCGGGUUCAACCCACUUCCAUAUCUUGAAUAUCUGGAACUUACAAUUUUAAAGGAUCUAAAAUGUGUGUUUGAUGAAGAAGGUCUUGGUUUAUCGCCACAUGUACCUCCCACAAGCUUUUUCUCUCUUAAAGAAAUUAGGGUUGAAGGAUGUGAUCAAUUAAAGAAGGUAUUCUCAUCUGGAUGGCUGCUCCACUACUUCCAAUCUCUAGAGACUAUUAAGGUUAAACACUGUUCGCAAAUGGAGGAGCUGAUAUCGUCAUCGGCACAUGAAGAAGAAAAAGUCACUCUACCCAAGUUAAAAAGUUUGGAAUUGACAAUUUUGCCCUUGUUGAAGACCAUCUAUAGCGGUUCUUUGAUUUGUGAUUCCAUCAAGAAGAUUGCAAUUUAUGGUUGUGGAAAUAUAGAGAGUGUUUUUUGGUCCGGGUUCAAUCCACUUCCAAAUCUUGAAUAUCUAGUCCUUUCUUAUUUAAAGAAUUUGAAAUCCGUGUUUUAUGAAGAAGGUUUUGGUUUAUCGCCGCCACGUGUACCUCCCACAAGCUUUUUCUCUCUUAAAGAAAUUAGGGUUGAAGGAUGUGAUCAAUUAAAGAAGGUAUUCUCAUCUGGAUGGCUGCUCUGCUACUUCCAAUCACUAGAGACUAUUGAGGUUUCACGUUGUUCGCAAAUGGAGGAGCUGAUAUCGUCAUCGGCACAUGAAGAAGAAAAAGUCACUCUACGCAAGUUAGAAGAGUUGAAAUUGACAAGAUUGCCCUUAUUGAAGAGCAUCUGCAGCAGCUCCAGUGUGUUGAUUUGUGAUUCCAUCCAAAGUCUGAGGAUUAACCACUGCAAGAAGCUAAAGAGGAUUCCUUUGAAUUUUCCCUUGAUUGAUAAUGCCCAAUCAUCUCAUCCUCCUUCCCUCAAAGAAAUUGUGGUAUUCCCAAAAGAAUGGUGGGAAUCAUUGGAAUGGGACCAUCCCAAUGCAAAAGACAUCCUUUUCCCUUUCUGUAAAUUUCAGCUGAUAGGGGAGUGAAGCGGACCGCAAAUCAAUUAGGAUUCGGCUCGGUAACCACAAGAAAGUUGGAGGAAAUCACAUAUGCACUAGUUGCUGUUGCUAUUGGGUUUUCAAUGUAAUAUAAUCUUUGUUUUUCUUUUGCUGUCUGUGUUGUGUGUUUAAAUAUGUCCAAUUUUAAGUGGAAAACUGUAAAUGUUUGUUUCUUUAUUAUCUGUGUAAUGUUGUCUUUGAAACUGUGUGUGAAAAAGACUUGAAACUGUAUUUGCUUUUCUUGUAAUAUGUAUUUCAAUUUAUUGCAUUUGCAUAUCUCCUCAAAUUUCAUUCAGCAACAUUAUCAUCAUCAACAAAAACCGAGACUUACU